AUGACCCUUAAGAAUCAGCUGCAGCUCCUGCUGCCAAUGAUGACUUGCCUGCUCAUGUCAACGGUCCCGAGCCAGACACAUGCAGACCUGGUUCCCGAAAUCGAUGUGACCCUUGGCUCUCUGAGCCACUCUCUGCCCCUGCCCUACGUCGGCGUGAACAUUGAUGCAGCCUCGCUGUACUACAAGAUCAACUUGACCCAUCCCUACCUGAUCACUGCCGCGCAGAAACUGGCUCCCGGUAUUCUUCGCGUCGGUGGGGGCAUGGCAGACUCACUUUUGUUCAAUGCCACGGCCUCAGACGACAAUGGAUCUUCAACAAACAUCCUUACUACACGUGCAUGGGAUGACCUUGUUGCGUUUGCGCGCCAGACGGGCCUGCAACUGCUGUUUGACCUAAAUGCCCUCGGAUUGCGUGGAGCCAACGGGGCUUGGGACUCAACCAACGCUGAACAGCUUCUGCACUACAUUAAAUCACAUAAUCAGACGGAUGCGCUGUAUGGCUUUGAACUUGGCAACGAGAUUUUCCCCACUGAAGUACUGCGUAUAGUGGGACCGGAUGUCUGCUGUGGCUUUGAUUAUCUGGAACAAUUUCUAAACAACGUGUCUGCAGGCACGCUUGAUAUCGUUACCGUACACUCCUAUCCUAUGCACGGCCCUAAAGCCAACCAAAGUGACGAUUGCAACUUGGACGCUUUCAUCGACCCAGCUGUUUUGGAUCGUUCAGACGCCAUCCUCUUUGAGUAUCAGCAGUCCCAUCACCGCACGCGUCCAGAUCUCCCUCUAAUCCUUGGAGAAACAGCCACUGCAGGAGAUGGAGGCUGCGACAAUCUUAGCAACCGCUUUGUAGCUAGUUUCUUCUGGCUUGAUCAGCUGGGCCGACUGGCAACCAAUCAAUGGCAAGGAGUCUUUCGUCAGGACCUCGUGGGAUGGUCUGGCAGUGCUGAUACCUCCCACUAUGCCCUCUUGGGGCCCCCGGGCUGGAUUGGCAACACAUCAGCGCCACCGACUCCUCACCCAGACUUUUUUGUCACCCGGUUGUGGAAUGAGCUUGUGGGCACGCAUGCCAUUGCCUUGAACCGUACCAACCUUGAGGGUCUGCGCGUCUAUGCUUUUUGCCAUCGCACAGAUGCAGGGCGCGCCUCGGUUGCCUUUGUCAACCUAAACACCUUUCCCUUGAUGCUACAUUUUGUGGACUACGAAAUGGGACACGAGGCGCUCGAGUACACGCUACAGUCGGAUCAUCUUCAAGAUGAUCAUGUGCGCCUAAAUGACGCCUUGCUUACUGACCCCACGGCUGCGCUCCCCGGCCGUCCCAUGGGGAACUUUGAUGGCAAGUACACAGCCCAGCCUCUGACUUUGGGCUUUGUGGUUAUCCAUGCCCCCGUGUGUGCUUGA